GGAGCGCACUGAGGCUCUGAGCUGCCAACACUCACACAUCGCCUGCCGCCGCAGCCGCGCUGCUCCCGGAUUCCGGAGAGAGGGAGCGAGUAGAGGCGAAGAAAAGCCAGACGCGGGAGAGGAGGCAGAAGACCGCUGGCAGGGGGAAGGAAGUCAGAGGGGAGGGAAACGUAGAGAGAGGGAUAAGGACCCCUCCUCCCCGCGGAGAGACGACUUCCCAUGUAGCUAGGGAUAGAGGGAGAAGCUGGCGCUCAGGAACAGUGAGAGAAGCUCUCACAAGCAAGUUACUUAAUCCCGGGAGAGCGGCGGGAAGAGGGCACAGCAGCAAUCCCUGAUCAGAACCACUGUUCCCAGCCCCUCAUCAUUUAACCCCCGGGUGGUUCAAUGCACUACUCCAAGCUCUUCCUAGUUUCUUCCUCGGGCUAACUUCGGAGGACGUACCGCCGGAGCGGCCCAGAGGGGAGGACAAGGGCCUCGGAAGAAGGAAGGAGAAGUUUUGUGGGGGCUGCGUGCAGAGGAGAAGAUGGGCUGGAAGCGCCGCUGUUGCUGGGGAGGCGGAGGCGGCGGGGACCUUCUCUGCCGGCUCACCCUGGUGCUGGGGUUCCUGCUGCCCGCCUGCAGGACGCGCCUCUACACCAACCACUGGGCUGUGAGGAUAACCGGGGGGCUCCCGGAGGCCAACAGGAUAGCGAGCAAAUACGGAUACGUCAAUAUAGGACAGAUUGGAACAUUGAAGGACUACUACCACUUCUACCAUAGUAAAACAAUUAAAAGGUCAGUUCUCUCAAGUAGAGGUACCCACAGCUUCAUUUCAAUGGAACCAAAGGUGGAGUGGAUACAACAGCAGGUGGUUAAAAGAAGGAUAAAAAGGGAUUAUAAACCUGGUGGUACCCAAUCCACUUAUUUCAAUGAUCCCAAGUGGCCAAGCAUGUGGUACAUGCACUGCAGUGACAACACCCACCAUUGCCAAUCAGAUAUGAAUAUAGUAGGUGCUUGGAAGAGAGGAUACACUGGAAAGAAUGUUGUGGUCACCAUCCUGGAUGACGGCAUUGAAAGAAACCACCCAGACUUGAUGCAGAAUUAUGAUUCGCAAGCCAGUUUUGAUGUAAAUGGAAAUGAUUUUGACCCUAUGCCUCGAUAUGAUGCCAGCAACGAGAACAAGCAUGGAACCCGUUGUGCUGGAGAAGUGGCAGCCACGGCAAACAACUCACACUGCACAGUAGGAAUCGCCUUUAAUGCCAAGAUUGGAGGUGUACGGAUGCUGGAUGGAGAUGUGACAGAUAUGGUAGAAGCAAAGUCUCUAAGCCUUAAUCCCCAGCACAUCCACAUCUACAGUGCCAGCUGGGGGCCUGAUGACGACGGUAAGACAGUGGAUGGACCUGCUUCUCUAGCACGUCAGGCCUUUGAGAACGGCAUCAGAAUGGGACGAAGAGGCUUAGGUUCAGUCUUUGUCUGGGCAUCUGGAAAUGGUGGAAGAAGUCGAGACCACUGCUCCUGUGACGGCUACACCAACAGCAUCUACACUAUCUCCAUAAGCAGCACAGCUGAAAGUGGAAAAAAGCCGUGGUAUCUGGAAGAAUGUGCAUCCACACUAGCUACAACGUACAGCAGUGGAGAAUCCUAUGACAGGAAAAUAAUUACUACAGACCUGAGGCAGCGUUGCACAGACAGCCAUACUGGAACCUCUGCCUCUGCACCUAUGGCUGCAGGCAUCAUUGCCCUGGCGCUGGAAGCCAAUCCGUUUCUGACCUGGAGAGAUGUACAGCACAUCAUUGUCAGGACUUCACGUGCAGGACAUCUGAAUGCUAAUGACUGGAAAACCAAUGCAGCUGGUUAUAAGGUGAGCCACCUUUAUGGAUUUGGACUGAUGGAUGCUGAAGCAAUGGUGACAGAAGCAGAAAAGUGGACAACAGUGCCUCCACAGCAUGUGUGUGUGGAGAACACAGAUCGGCAAAUCAAAACAAUACGACCUGACAGCAUUGUCCGUUCAAUUUACAAAGCCACUGGCUGUUCGGAUAAUCCUAACCACCAUGUGAUCUACUUGGAGCAUGUUGUUGUACGUAUCACUAUUACUCACCCUCGACGUGGAGACUUGGCAAUUUACCUAACCUCUCCUUCUGGAACUAGGUCACAGCUCUUGGCCAACAGGCUAUUUGAUCAUUCCAUGGAAGGAUUCAAAAACUGGGAGUUUAUGACUACUCACUGCUGGAGUGAAAAAGCAGCAGGUGAUUGGAUCUUGGAAAUCUGUGACACUCCAUCUCAGCUGAGAAAUUUCAAGACUCCAGGCAAAUUGAAAGAGUGGUCCUUAGUACUGUAUGGAACAUCCAUUCAGCCUUACUUACCAAGAAGUGAUUUUUCCAAAGUGGAAAGAGUGCGCUCCAGUCCAGUUGAAGACCCUACAGAAGAUUAUGCAACAGAUGAUUAUUCAGGUCCCUGCAAUGCAGAAUGCAGUAAAGUAGGGUGUGAUGGGCCAGGACCAGAUCAUUGUACUGACUGUCUGCACUAUUACUACAAAUCUAAAAACAACACAAGGAUCUGUGUUUCGACCUGCCCACCUGGUCACUACAAUGCAGACAAGAAACGAUGUAAAAAAUGCUCACCCAAUUGUGAAACCUGUGUUGGAGGCCAUAAUGACCAGUGCAUGACCUGUAAAUCUGGCUACUACCUGAAUGAAGUAACCAAUAGCUGUAUUACCAACUGCCCUGAUGGGUUUUACCUGGACAAGAAUAAAAUUGUUUGUCGUAAAUGUAGUGAAAACUGCAAGACCUGUGUCGAAUUUCAAACCUGCACAGAAUGCAAACAUGGCCUAAGUUUGCAUGGCACCAGAUGUGCUAUCCGCUGUGAAGAGGGAAAAUACCAUAAUGGCAGAGAAUGUGAACCAUGCCACCGUUCCUGUGCUACAUGUGCAGGUGCUGGAGUAGAUGCCUGUAUAAACUGCACGCAGGGUUACUUUAUGGAAGAUGGAAGAUGUGUGCUGUCCUGUAGUAGUGGUUAUUACCUUGAUCACUCCACUGAAAGUGGAUACAAAAGCUGCAAAAGAUGUGAUUCCAGCUGUUUGGAUUGCAGUGGCCAAGGAGACAGAAACUGUACAAGCUGUCCAAGUGGCUAUAACCUAGACACUGGUGUCUGUGUCAUUGGAACAGUAUGCAAGGAUGGUGAAUAUCUUGAUGAUUUCCAAGAAUGCCAGUUGUGUGACAUAUCCUGUCAGAAAUGCAUUGGACCUGAGUCAGACAACUGCCUCGGCUGCCCACUCACAAGAGUCUUCAAUGAUGGCCGCUGUGUUAUGCAAUGCCCCAGAGGAAAGUUUGAAUUCAAGCAGAACUGUCACUUGUGCCAUCACACCUGCCUGGACUGCAGUGGAAGUGAACCUAACAAAUGCACCACUUGUGGAACAGACAGAAGAGGAGUGGAACGUUUCCUGUAUCAUGGGGAGUGCAGAGACAGCUGUCCUCCAGGUCACUACCACUUGAAGCAUACCUGUGUGCCUUGCCCUGGCAACUGUGAGGUGUGUCUGAACUCCAGCGACUGCAAAAGAUGUUUCAGAGGCUACUACCUUGCUCAAAAUGGGUGUCAGAAGCAUAGUUGUAGAGAAGGUGAAGUGGGAGAUCCGGACUCUGAAGACUGCAUACCAUGUUUAGAUGGAUGCCAGAACUGCAGACAGGAUGAUCCAAGAAUCUGUAUAACAUGCAUUCAAAACUAUUACAUGUAUAAGCAACAUUGCUAUAAAUACUGUCCGGAAAAUACCUACAGAGAUGAAAGUUCUUGGCAGUGUAGAGAUUGUCCUAGCAACUGUGAUAGCUGUGACAAGGAUGGGUGUGACUCCUGCAAGGAAGGCUUCUAUCUCUCAGAUGGCACCUGUGUGAGUGAGUGUGGAGAUGGCUUCUUUGCUGAUGGCAUCUCCAGAGAAUGCGAGCCUUGCCACAGGAGCUGUGCAACCUGUGUUGGGUACAGUUACCAGGACUGUACUGGCUGCAAAAACAGCUUCCAGCUGUCUCACGGGCAGUGCCUGAACCCAAGAAAUUCUCUGCCAGCUGGGAAGUUGUGGAGGGUCAUAAGAACUCCACUUGACACUCAUUGGGCCCCCUUUUGGAGGGAAACAGCAGGCAGAAAUGGAAAUAGAAAACUGCUGUCCUGUGACUCUUCAUGUAUGACCUGUGAGAAAUCUGCUGAUGUGUGUACUUCAUGUCCAGAAGGAAAAUUUCUUAUCCCUGAUACCUGUGUUUCUCUGUGCCCUCCAAAAUAUUUUGGCAACGUUGCCAGUGGAAAGUGUGAGAAGUGUGGGCAUGACUGUGAGGUGUGCUCUGACCAGUGGCACUGUCAGAAGUGUCAGGCUGAAGAGAACCAGCUGCUCUUCCUGCACAAAGGCAGAUGUUUACAGGAGUGCCCUGAGGGAUAUUUUAAUGAUUCUGAAACUUGCAAGGAAUGCAGUGGAUCCUGUAAGACAUGCAUGGGAAGUGCCACCCAAUGCUUGUCCUGUAAAAGUCCUUUGCUUCUGGAGCACCGGGAAUGUAAAUCUACUUGUUCAGAGAAGCAUUUUGCCUCUGAAGGAAUCUGCAAACAUUGCCCUGAAAUGUGUCAGGAAUGUAUUCAUGAUGAAAUAUGCACAGAGUGUAUGGACGAGUUUUUCCUGCACGACGGGAAGUGUGUACGGGAAUGCCCUUCACACUUCUACCCUGAAGACAAGCACUGCUUUCCCUGCCAUGCUGACUGCAAGGACUGCAAUGGGCCGGAUUCUGAUGACUGCACAGCAUGCACUUUCAGCUUGUUUUUCCUCUACAAUGGCAUGUGUUUUCAAGAAUGCCCUGAGGGGAGUUACUAUGAAGAAGCCACCAAAGACUGCCAAGCAUGCAACAGGACAUGCCAGACUUGCUCUUCUUCCACCGCCUGCCUAACUUGCAGAAAUGGAUGGAUACUGAACCAUGAUGGGCACUGUAUGUUAUCUGGAUACUGCUCUCCCACUGAGUACUACCUUGAGGAAAGUCAGACCUGCAAAUCUUGCCACAAGAAAUGCAUCCACUGCUCAGGACCUACUGAACACCACUGUCUUAGCUGUGUAAAUAACUGGUAUCUUCUCAACAGAACCUGUGUUGAAACAUGCCCAGAUGGAUAUUAUGCUGACAGCACAGAGAGGCAAUGUUCUGCAUGCCACAGCACCUGUGACACUUGCACUGGAAAACACAGCUCACAGUGCCUUUCCUGCAUAAUGGGUUGGUACAGACAAGGAAAAAGAUGUGUAACCCAGUGUCCAGCAGGGUAUUUUGCACAGAAUUCCACUGGAUCAUGUGAGAGAUGCCACAAGAGUUGUAAGGAGUGUAUGGGACCUCGAGCCACAGACUGUCUUUCCUGUAAUACAUAUUUCUACCUGUUGCACUCCACGAACGAAUGUGUUAGCUCUUGUCCUCAGUACUACUACGAAAACAAGGACAACAAUGUCUGUGAGAGAUGCCACUCUUCCUGUUUAACUUGUGAAGGGAAGGGAGCAUUCAGUUGCACGUCUUGUGUAUGGAGCUACAGUUUAUUAAAUGGAAUGUGCAGCUCAGACUGUUUAGUAGGUGAAUACAAAGUCCAGGAGACACCAGGACAAAAGGAGAACAAACCCAAGUGUGAGAGAUGUGACAGCUCAUGCGUUGAGUGCAAGGGACCUGGUCCUCUCAACUGCACAGUCUGUCCAGCCAGCAUGCAGCUCUUCCUGGAGGAAAGCCGCUGCCUGCCCUGCUGCAGCAACACUGACCCAGCAGAAACCCCAGAGUGCUGUGACUGCAGUGAAACACAAGAUGACUGCGUAUUACAGACAACUCUACCCCCCGGGCAAAAAAGAAAAACUAUUUUCUUUGUUAUCACUUGCAUUUUGCUUCUGUUUGUAACUGGGGCCAUUGUAUUCAUCUGGAGAAAGGCACGAACCAAAACCCAGCCUGUCAAUAAAGGACGAUAUGAGAAGCUGACAAAUCACUCCAAAACCUUUCCUUCCUCUGUGAGCAACUAUCACAAGAAUCCCAGUUACCAUGAGGAUCAAGUGAUUGAAUACAGAGAUAGAGAUUAUGAAGAUGAUGAUGACGAAGAUGACAUUGUAUACAUGGGCAAGGAUGGCACAAUUUAUCACAAAUUUAGAUAUGGACUCUUGGAGGAUGAUGAGGAAGACGAGCUAGAAUAUGAUGAUGAGAGUUACUCAUUUAGAUAACUUUUUACUAGUGUACUAACAGUAAAUUAGUCCUACUUUACUGUUUUUCCUAUGAAAUUAUAGGUAUUUAGUUAAUAUUUGUUUAGUUACUUGAUAGCAUCCUGACCUCCAAUUUUUUUGCUAUUAAUUAUUGUGAAACAAGAAUUAUUUCUAGAAAUAUUUCUAGAAAUUCACUUUUUCUAAAUAAAUCUUUUCUAGGAUUUUAAGUAGCACCCCGGAUAUAAUCUGGUUAACAGACCAAGUUUCUAUGCAUUUGUGUGGAGAAUAAUCCUUUCUCAAUAUGUAUUUGUGUAACUAACACAAACUUUUCUUCAGACAUUUUGAAGAACCAUGCCAAUCACUACUACAAAUGUGAUAAGCAAGAUGGGUGCAUCUACCUGAUGAAUGCCACUGGGAGGGGAUGCCAGUAGUUCACUAAUUUGUGAUUAGUUACACAGCAAUUCAUAAUAGAAGAGGCAACUUGGAGGAAUUUACUUAGAUUUUCUUCAUAAUUACCUGGUGUUCCCUGAAGCAAACACGUUCCACUUCAUAAUAUUUACAGUGUACUUUCCUGUGAAUUCAUGUAUCUAUGACAUGAUAUUUUAAGACUUAGGACUCUAACUACUUCUUAUAACUAUAUCUUAUUCACAGUUUGUAUGAAAUAGAACAAAAAUAUUUUAUAUAUCACCCUCUGAUUAAUCUUUACUGCAGUGUUUGUCAAAAAAUCUUACAUUUUACAGAUGAAUUUCUUGGUUUACAACAAAGGGCAAUAUUGUCUAUAAGCAUGGCACACACACACCAAUUCUGCACCAUGAGCAGGUGGUGUUUAUAUUUUAAAUGGCUCAGGAUGCUCAGACAAUGGCAAAGGGGAUAUUUGCACUUUUCUGUUAAUUUUUAUUACUAUUACAGAAAUAAAAAUGUAUCAUUCUGAAGAA